UUGGGGUUAGAAUCAAGCGAACCUCUUCUCCACAACCACUACACACCACCUUUUCACAUUCUCAAAUUUUCUCGUUUCUCCCUCUUCCUCUCUCCCUCUCUCAUCUUAUACUCUCUGACUUUCUCACCAAAACUCGUUCCACAUCAACAGACGUUUACAAAACGUUCGACGAAAAUCUUUCAUAAAGCAGACGAUCUGAUCUGCAACAGACGUACGAGGAUGGACGAUGGGUUGACACCAUUCUUACAUGCGAUGAAGUGUCCUAAUCUCUUUGAUGAAACACCAUCACUAUACCUAGACUCAAGUUAACGUGGUUCAUCGUUCUCCGUUUGUUUCCUCCUCUUACAAACGAAUCUGGACGCUCUUCCUUUCCAUAACAAACAUGACCGGAACCUGACCCAGCUAAGCUAAGCUAAGCUUGACUUGGCUUACCACGACGACAACCAACUUCUCUCUAAGAAACUCCGUACAAACAUAAUAUAACGUUCUGAUGGUGGACUUUUUUAUUUGCUUUAACAAAAAAAAAAGAUGGUUAACGAAAUGGUAUGCAAUGGUUUGCACUUCGUUCUAGUGCCCUAUUUUUACAUUUUGCAGGUGAUGAUUUGUAAAGAAUCGGCAACUUUCGCGGUUUGACAUUCGAUUGGUUUCGCUUAAAGUAGGCGCCUCUAGAAAAUUAAACAUUCAAUGAUAUCAGUUUUUGACGUAUUAUCUAUCUCAUGUUCGGUUAUGCUCUGUUUCAUUGGUGGAGUUUCCUUAGAAAACGUCAUUUCUGAUGGUUUGUAUUUUUCGAUGACUUCGCUUUCUAGAUCUUUUUCUAUGACAUCAUCCCUUUAUAUAUACAGCUGGGAGGCUGUAGUUUGAAAGUUUUCAUGGACACUACAGAAAAAUCACAGUCAAGAGCGCCAUCGAAAACCACAAAUAAUGAACCGUAUGGUUCCAAUUGGAGACUUCAGGAAUCUCAAUUGACUUCCAAUUCCCCUUUAAAAAACAAUAAACAGACUAUACCAAGCGUGUUUCCCAAUGUCUUUUCCGAUACCGAUUUUGACCAACUUUCUAGCAACGGAAUGGAUUUGAAACGUUUGGAUCCGAAUGCAAAGGAAUCUAUGGAUCCUUCGGGCUAUCCCGACAUGUCUUCUUGGGAUUAUAUGAUGAACGUCCCUAUACGCGUCUACAAUGAAGCCGAAGGCAUGGACCCCUUUACCCUCGACACCAUUCAAGACUCUACCAUGGACCUAUCCUUAGAUCCAAUGUCUGCCGAUUAUGCCCAUGGCGGAAAUUUUGCCAGCGCGCCCUCGUCUUUGGGAAGCAAUCCCGCGUUUGUCACUACGCCGUCCAAUGGGUCCAACGAAAAUAAUUCCCUGCCUACUAGCAAUGACCUCGACGUGCCAUUGUCUCCUUCUGCAAAUGCCGACUAUAAUGCCGCAGCAGCUACCCAAAAUAUGUCCGCCCCUCCUCCGCUAACUCCUUCCCUUCCUGCCGUCAACGAUUCCUCCUUUUCCAACACCCACAUGCAACUUCCCAGCCAGGUGAUGCCAGACGGGACUGGCUCUAUUCCCAACGUCGAUGGUAAUCCAUUUGGCAUGGAUCCCCCUUCUCUAGAAGCUGGAUUGCUUUCCUCCCAACAGGUUGCGAAUGGUAUCAACAAUAAUGACCCGGCCAUGCAGAAUUAUCACUUCCGACAGCAACAAAAACAACCACAGCAACAAAAAUCUGCUCCUCCUCCUGUGCCCGCUCCUGUCAUGCCGUCCUCCCCCAUCUCAUUAAAGCAAGAGCAGACGGCUGUCCCUUCUAUGUUUCCUUCCGCCGAUGCCAAGGAUUCAUCGGCAUUGCCUGUCAAACAAGAAGAGUUUGGCUUGUCUCCUAAGAAUUACCAGGAUCAAGCUGUUCCUGCGCCGCCAAAUUUAUCUCAAGCUUUCCAAAUGUAUAGCAUGAAUCAAAAUCUUCCCCGACAACCAAACAUGUCCAUGAAUGGUGACGGCAUUCUAGAUUACAAUGCGUACCCAGUACGCGAUGCCUCUUUGGAUUAUCCCACUGUUCAGCGAUCUCAGGCGUUGGCUGAAGCUGCAGACUCGUUGUUACCUUCCAGCCCCUCUGCUAAUGCAGAGUAUGGCUCACAGGCUCUAGAUGGCGUUUCUGACAUGCUUCCAUCUCAGAUGCAAAAUUCUAAUCAAUUCCCUCAAGAAUCCCUUCCACCUCCAUCUAAUCACACUUACCCUAUUCCCAUCAAUAAUUCUUAUCGCCCAAAACGCCCCUCUCUAGUUCUCGGUUCCAUGAAUUCUCUUUCUCCUACCCAACCGCCUGUUGUCGUUCCUUCCAAUACCACUCUAAGCCCGUCCCCUACAUCAACCUCUCCCAUGAAGAACUCCUUCGCGAAUGGUGGAUUCGCUUCUCUUGAGACGACAAAACCUCAAGCCUCUGUGGUCGAGCCACCGCCGGCUCCACCAUUGGCAAAUAUGUCCCCUACUGAACAGAAGGAAGACCAUCCAGUGGCCGCAGCUGCUAGUGUUGCUGCUAGUGGGGAGAAAGAUUCCAUUCCUGUCGACACUACCCCAACCCCAAGUGCAACUACUUCGGCUGGAACACAGCGGAAACGGAGAAAAUUCAAAUUUGGAAAACAGGCAGGUCCAGUACGGUGUACCUUACCAAAUCGUACUACAGGCGAAACAUGUAACACUGUGUUUUCGAGGACGUAUGACUUAAUACGUCACCAAGAUACAAUACAUGCCAAAACUCGGCCUGUUUUUCGUUGUGAAAUUUGUGGUGACCAGAGACACUUCAGUCGCCAUGAUGCUCUUGUUCGACAUUUACGUGUAAAACACGGUAGGUAAAAAAUGUCUUACCAAGUCGUGGUUGAUUGAAAAACUAAAAAAAGUAAAAUAAAAGGGAUACAUACACCUCACUCAAUAUUUGGGAAAAGUCUUAUUUAUUUUUCUUACGGUUAUUCAUGAGAAAAUCUUUUUAAAUUUUUUGUUGACGAACUGUUAAAAAUGUCUACAAGGAAUGAGGUUUUCGGUUUAUGUUUUUUUUUUCGUUACUCGUUAUGUAUAUUUAAUAAUUUUCUGUUGUUCUUUUUCUUGGACUUCAUCUUUUAUUGUUUUUCUUGUCGUUAGUUGUUUCGAAAGUUCCUAUCUCAAAACACUUUUGGAUUAACUUCAGAUCCUUGUUUGUUUUAAUAAUAUGAAAAUGCCAGAAACGACUUUGUUAGGCUAAACGACUCUAUGAG